UUAAUUUAAUUAGUUAAAUAAUGUACUUCAUUUUUUAUAAAAAAAAUCUUCAUUCAAAGGUUACAUUCAUUGGUCUCUAAUUUGUUAUAAAAUGAAAAAUCUAGCCACAGCAACGAAAAAAAGCAUGGCUGCCGAACGCACAAGAAAAACGGCAAUUGAUUCUAAUAAAAGAAUUCAUCUUCAAACAGAAAGAGAAACAACAUAUAUUGUUGAAAGAAGAAAACAUAAAAACAAGGAUAACUCGACUAAUAUAAUUUCGGAAGGCAAUGAAAAAAUAAAUGCGAAAGACGAGUCAUCAAAAAUAUUGUCUCAAUCAACUUUUUCGCUGAAAUCUAACGACAUCGAUAUUCACGAACAGCGUAAAAAAUUAUCUCAACGACAUACAAUGGUUCGAAAUGAUAUCAAAAGAGUGGAUAAGCUUCAAAAUCAUGAAGAAUCAGUUUUAGAAACAUUAGAUGACUUGAAUUCAAGAAAAUUUACAAAAGAAAAAGAUGAAGAACGCAAUCAUAAUCUGACUGCAAAUGAAACGAAAUCGAAAACAGACAAGCGAUCUUCAAUAUCUAACAUGGCAAAGAAUGAAGACCUUCCAAGGAAAAGUAUUCUUGACACUAAGCUCCCGCCUUUAGAAGACAACUCCAGAAAUCGAAUGUCAAGAAGGGUUGGGGUCAAAGGGCAGGUAAAACUGAUUCCGUCUCCAUUCAGAAAUGACGAAACAGACAAAACUGUAAAAACACAAAAUGCGACCAAUUCGUCACAGCAUUCAAAUACACGGAACACACCACAGCCUUUACCGCGAGUAAGCAGACGAACCAAAACAGCAUCGGACCUAAACAACAACAACGAAAUUGACUUUGGAAUGCAAGAUGUAAUAAAUUCAUACCCCAAGCCAAUUCCACGUAUCAAACUACAAAAGACAGAUUCCAGCAUAAGCGUACAAACCAAAAACGAACAGAAAAUAUCUAGAGUCAAAAAACAUUAUUCAAACCUGAUGCUAGCGGGGAUUAAAGACUUUGACAAAGAACCAGAACUAUCGGCAUUUCCACCUCCGAAACCAGUACCGAGAACUUUCCCACCGACGGGAAGGAAACUCAAAAGCUUGACGACAAGAGAUUCUAUAUCUAAUGAACAUGAUACAACCGAUAUUAAAAUUCGAGCCAAAUUUGAACUGGGGAAGAUAAUUCCGCGGGAAGCAUUACCCGAAUCCGUACCUAGCCGUACCCCCUCCCCACCAAAAACUAAUCACAGUGAAAUAAGACAAGCCGAGGACAUUUCACAAAGAAAUUUUGGCAAACCUCUCGAUAUUUUCGAAGAUUUUAGUAUGAAUUCGGACGAUAGCCUAUUUAAAAUGGACGUGAUAAGGCAACAAACUGCUUUAGUUCGAGAAAAGAGAAAUCAAUUGAACAUGGCCCGAAAACUCGCUCCUCUCAAAAAGUAAAAGUCCGUGCCAGCGUAUAUGUUUUUUGAAGGCUAUAAGAAAAGACUCAUUAAAAUAACACGAUUGACUUUAAAUACUAGAAUAAAUACUAUUGAGUACUAUUUUUGGUACUCCUGUAGUAUGCGAACCAAUAUGGCGGACACCUGAACGAAGUAUGUGUACCAGGUUUGGGUUAGGCCAUAAUUUUAUUAAAAUUUACCUUAUUUUAGUUCUAUUACGAGUUC